GGAGCGGGCCAACUCUGGGGCGGGGCCUUAUUGUGGGCGGGGCCUCCUCGAGUUCCGGAGUGGACUGUCUGGCAGCCUUUGCUGGAUCCGAGAUGCAGCCGCCGCCCCGAAAAGUGAAGCCAGCCCAGGAGGUGAAACUUCGCUUCUUGGAGCAGCUGAGCAUCCUUCAGAGCCGGCAACAGAGGGAGGCGGAUCUGCUGGAGGAUAUCAGAUCCUACAGCAAGCAGAGGGCAGCCAUUGAACGGGAGUAUGGCCAGGCACUCCAGAAGCUGGCUGGGCCAUUCCUGAAGAGGGAAGGGCAGCGGAGUGGGGAGGUGGACAGCAGGGGCAGGACAGUGUUUGGUGCCUGGCGCUGCCUACUGGAUGCCACUGUGGCUGGAGGCCAAACCCGGCUCCAGGCAUCUGACAGAUACCGUGACCUGGCGGGGGGCACUGGGAGGAGUGCCAAGGAGCAGGUGCUUAGGAAGGGGACAGAGAGUCUCCAGCGGGCACAGGCUGAGGUGCUACAGUCUGUCCGGGAACUGAGCCGAAGUCGGAAGCUUUAUGGGCAGCGAGAACGUGUGUGGGCCUUGGCCCAGGAGAAGGCAGCUGAUGUCCAGGCCAGACUGAACCGAAGUGACCAUGGGAUCUUCCACUCUCGGACCAGCCUCCAGAAACUAAGUACCAAGCUGUCUGCCCAGUCAGCCCAGUAUUCCCAGCAGUUGAGAGCAGCGCGCAAUGAGUACCUGCUAAACUUGGUGGCCACCAAUGCUCACCUUGCCCACUACUACCAAGAGGAACUGCCAGCCCUGCUCAAGGUCCUGGUAAGUGAGCUGUCAGAAUACUUGAGGGACCCUCUCACGUUAUUAAGCCACACGGAGUUGGAAGCUGCAGAGAUGGUCCUGGAACAUGCCCACCAUGGGGGGCAGGCAACUUCUCAGGUAAACUGGGAACAAGAUGUGAAGUUGUUUCUUCAGGAGCCUGGGGUCUUUUCCCCUACCCCACCUCAGCAGUUCCAGCCAGCCGGGACUGAUCAGGUGUAUGCCCUGGAGCGGGGAGCAGGAGGCAUGGCUGGAGAGAGUGGCCUGGAGAAAGAGGUUCAGCGCUGGACAAGCAGGGCUGCCCGGGACUUCAAGAUCCAGCAUCAUGGGCAUCGGGUCCUGCAGCGACUGGAGCAGAAGCGUCAGCAGGCGCCAGAGCGAGAGGCCCCAGGCCUAGACCAGCGCCUCCAGGAAGUGAGGGAGAACAUCCGACGGGCACAGGUGAGCCAGGUGAAAGGGGCUGCCCGGCUGGCCCUGCUACAGGAGGCUGGCCUGGAUGUGCAGCGCUGGCUGAAGCCAGCCAUGACCCAAGCCCAGGAUGAGGUGGAGCAGGAGAGACGGCUUAGUGAGGCUCGGCUGUCCCAGAGGGACCUCUCUCCUACGGCUGAGGAUGCUGAGCUUUCUGACUUCGAUGAAUGUGAGGAGGCUGGGGAGCUCUUUGAAGAGCCUGCCCCGCCAGCCCUGGCUGCCAGACCCCUCCCCUGCCCUGCACAUGUGGUGUUUGGCUACCAGGCAGGACGUGAGGACGAGCUGACUAUCACAGAGGGUGAGUGGCUGGAGGUCAUAGAGGAAGGAGAUGCCGAUGAGUGGGUGAAGGCUCGGAAUCAGCAUGGCGAGGCGGGCUUUGUCCCCGAGCGAUAUCUCAACUUCCCGGAUCUCUCCCUUCCUGAGAGCAGCCGUGGCAGCAGCAAUCCCUCGGGAGCAGAGCCCACAGCAUUCCUGGCCCGGGCCCUGUACAGCUACACUGGACAGAGUGAAGAGGAGCUAAGCUUCCCGGAAGGGGCACUCAUCCGCCUGCUGCCCAGGGCUCAAGAUGGCGUGGAUGAUGGCUUCUGGAGGGGAGAAUUUGGGGGCCACGUUGGAGUCUUUCCAUCCCUACUGGUAGAGGAACUGCUUGGCCCCCCAGGGCCCCCUGAACUCUCUGACCCUGAGCAGACGCUGCCAUCCCCUUCUCCUCCCAGUUUUUCCCCUCCUGCACCCACCUGUGCCUUGGAAGGAUCCGCUGCACCUGCUCUGCCUGUGGACAAAGUCCUAGACUGCCCAGGACCCCUGGACAUGAUGGUGCCUCGACUCAGGCCGAUGCGUCCACCACCUCCUCCACCAGCCAAAGCCCCGGAUCCUGGCCAUCCAGAUCCCCUCACCUGAAGGCCAGGGGGUCACUGUCCCCCACCGAUGCUGCUGCCCCUAUCUCCGUGCUGACAGAAACCACCCCCUCAAUGAUCUGGAGCGACACAGGCAAAAGCUGCAAUCUUCUCCCAUGUCCACUCUCAACCUCCAGGGGUAGAAACUUACCCUGCUCCCAUUUCUGGGAUUUGAACCCACUCCUUUCCUCCACUGUUCCCCCGUCAUCUCUGGGCCGGAACUACCCCUUUGACUUUUUGCCAUCACCCCAUAUCUAGGGUGGUAAAACAUCCCCAAAUCUCUGGGGCUGGAACUCAUUCCUUAAAGCCUUGUAUGGCUCUGGCUCAUCUCUGUCUUCACCCUGCCUCUGUGGCCAAGCCCACCCUGAAUGCCAGGGUCACUAGGCCUGGAGCCGGGAGAGGAGCAGAUCUUAGAAGUCAGAAGGAGCUGAAGCCAGGAUGCAAAGCAACUGUAAUGGUCUGAGCGGAUUUAUUGACAGUGAAUAAAGGGCAUGAAGUCCAA